AUGGAUGUGGUAUUAAUUUUAUUAAUACAGAUUGUAUACAGUCUAGCUACCACUGAUAAGGGUCCGAGUAAAACUGAAAGUAAGAAAGAUGAAGGUUUGACAGUAGAAACGGAAGUUUUAGGUCCGUUACGAGUAUGGCAUUUGGUAUUCAUCGUGGGUACAGUUCUUAUUAUUGUUAUGGUAAUUGUUUGUUGUUGUUUUGAUUUCCGAAUGCCAAGAACUCGUCAAGAAAUAGAAGAGAGUUAUAAAAAACGUCUAGUCAAUGCUAAAUAUCUGGAUUAUUUAGAGAAGCUUCCAGAAGGUGUUCCAAAGAACAACAUUCCAGCCAAACAUGAUCAUAAGCAAUUGAAACAAUCCAGACCUACAAGAACAUCUACGGUCAACGCAGCGGAAAGACAGACAGACAGUAAUGGUAGACGUAAGAGAGGUCGUACAAAAAUUGACGAAACUGCUAUUGAGGAACAGCAAGGUAUGAUGAAAGCUAUUUCGAACAAGCGUCAUUUAGGAGAGAGUAAAACAAGACCAAGUACAGCAGCCAUGAAUAGAGCCAUGUCUUCUUUACCUCGAAACACAACAGAAAACAUCCGAUAUUGA